CCAAUAAAACACUUCAGCUUUGGUUCACAAUGUAGUAGUCGUUAUAAAGAAGUAUUAUACGUACGUGUUUUAAACCUGUUACGAACAAAUUCACAUACAGUCACAAUUUUAUAUAUUAUUAAUAGUAUUAUAGUGAUCAUUAAAGAUGACAAGUGUCGAUACUGAGCAGAUUCUAAGACAGUUGCUUGACAAAAUUGCUAAAGAACUAAAUUACGAAGAAGCUAACGUCAGUGUGAAAGCUAUAACUACCGGUGGCGCAAACUAUAGUUCCGCGUUAUAUGAAGUGAAGAUUUCUGAACCUAACAAGGAAGAACGAGAUCUUUUUGCUAAAGUCGCAAUAGUGGGUGAAGUAGCUCGGUCCCAAUUUCAUCUGCCUCUGUUUGAUAUAGAACGCUUUGCGUAUAAUGAAUUAUUACAAAGCUAUGCAAAAAUACAAGACAAAAACCAAUUGUCUGAUGAAAAUCGACUAGUUUGGCCAAAAUUUUAUGGUUGCAAUCCAAACCCAUACGAAGAAACUAUAGUCCUUGAAAAUCUAGCAACAAAAGGGUACGUUACUUACGACAGACUGAAAUCAAUUGACUGGGCUUACGCUUCUAAAGCUGUUGAGUCGCUCGCUAAAUUUCAUGCCCUGUCUAUAGCUUAUGGCGAAGAAAAUCCAACAGAAUAUGCAAAACUUCUGGAGAAAAUGAAGUUUAACCCAAAUCGAGUAGAACACAUGAAUGAUGCAUACGUAAAAUUAGCAAAUAUGGCUUUGGCUGCCACAAGAGAGGAAAAUAAGGAAAAAUUAAAAAAAUACAUAGAAAAAGAAGGAGACUUGAUGAAAAUGGCAAAAUUUUAUCAGCCAAAGGGCUUGACACUGCUAAAACAUGGGGACUACAGACCAAGUAACUUGAUGCAUAAAACUAAAGAAGAUGGCACCCUUCAUGUGAUCCCUGUAGAUUUCCAAACAAUAUCAGCUGGUAGUCCCAUCAUAGACUUACUGUACUUCAUUUUCACGGGUUCGGAUGAAGAUUUUAGACGUCAGCAUUAUGAGCAACUAACCGGCCAUUACUAUCAAGAAUUAAGUCGAGCAUUACGCAAUCUGAACGUCAAUCCUGAGAAGAUUUAUCCAAAGGAGGACUACAAUAAAGAUUUAAAAGAGUUUCUACCCUUCGGUUUGGUUCUUGGUUUAUUUACGUUACCUAUAAUCACCGUUGAGGCUGAGAAUGCGCCAUCCCUUCAGGGUGACGACGGUAUCAACAGCAUGGUGGUAUCGAAAACCAGUAAUUUGUACCCUGAAAGAUUGAAUGGAAUUGUUAAUGACUAUAUUCGAUGGGGAAUACUUUGAAUAUUGGUACAUAAGUUAAAUGUUUAUAUUUAUGAAUAAAAAAGUUAUUGUUGCUUUGUUAAAUCUUAAUAUAUUUUAUAAAUUUA